AAUUUUCAUGGUUAAUUAAACAUAUUUUUGAAUGCGUCUGCAGUUAUUCAUCGUAUUCAUAUAAUUCAUAUAUUCAUAUAUCUUUCAUAUAAUUCAUUUGUGCACAGGAUCUAUAAAAGCUACACUUCAUAAUGACACCCACAAUUUUGCCAGUAUGAAAACCAAACAGGGACAAAAUGCCAAAUAAGGAUUUGAAUCCUUUCUUUUUUCAGCUUCCAUUCCCCUACAUUCUGAUUCGAGAAACAUCAUUUGAUGUUGACAAAAUUUUAUAAUUUUCUUCUACUUCUUCUUUUGCAGCCUUGAUGAGAACAAUAUUAUUAACAGUUUUUACUGCAUUCUUGAUUUGUUUCAUAAAAAUCUAUGAUAUAUAACAAUCAUAAAAACUAUGAAAUAUUGGUCGUGGUAAAUCCAUGAAGGUACAAAAUUUUUCUGUACCACAUAGCCGCCCAACACCAAUGAGUCUCAUGGCUAAUUUUCAUAUGCAUUGUUUAUAAGGGGGCAUAAAUCAAUCGAUACAGGAUCACAUUUUUCGCAAUUCAUCACAAGUUUAAAACCUAAUUCUCGAACACUACGUUCAGUAAAAUUUAUAUUACCACCACAAUUUUUAUAACAUAGUCACAAAUUACAGUAAAAAUAGAAAAGAAGUUCAAAAUUUUAUAAUUUGUAUUUAAAUUAACGUCAAUUAGUAUCAUUCGAUAUUUUUCUUUUCGAAACAUUCAUACGCCGUUUGGAACUUUAACCAUUCUCAAUCUCAAAUUUAUUGCGAGGUUGAUUAAUUUUUUUUCUGUCUCGUGUAGCUCUUGUUCUAAUAUCUCUAUUACUUUUUCAACAUUAAUAAUUAACUGUGCAGAAUCGUAUGUACAAUAAGCAAAUUGAAAAACAACUGUACAACGACCAAGAUCUAGAAUUUUAUACAAAACCUGGGUCUAGAAUUUUAUACAAAACCUGGGUCUAGAAUUUUAUACAGAGUCAAUAUAUUGUAAAGUAGGGAAAAACCAGAAAUCUCUAAUAAAAGAUAUUUUACAAUAGAUUAAAGUCUAAUUAUAAUAUAAUGUAUCAUCUAUUAUGAAAUACGCAUAUAAUGUAUCAUCUAUUGUGAAUUAGCAAGGUCCUAAGAAUCUCAGCGGGGCGUCUGGCAGGAACGUCGCGCUACCUGCUCUCAUUGAAGUGACUGUAACUCAGUCAAUUUUCAGAAUUUUAACUUAAAAUAUUACCUACAUACUUUUAAAAAUACAUACUUUUAAGUACUAAAAAAAAUCCUUUUCAAAUUUUCAGUGGUCUUCCUCCUUAACAAAAAAGGAAGUAAAAAACUAAAGAAUCAUUAUGUAAGAAUGCAUGCUAGUACGAGAGAGCACGAAAAAGAAAGUGAAAAACGAUUAUCCAUAUAAAUCACUGUCCGUCAAUUAGAAGCUGUUAUAAGAAUUCCUGAAGGUUCGGAAAAAAUGCAACUUCAAUCUUUCGCUACUGAAAUUCAUGUUAAUGAAGCUCUCAGACUAUUUCAAGUUUCUACAUUAAAUGCUGCUAUGUCUGGUUCAUUAGCUGGUGCAGAAGGAUUUACUUCAGAAGAUCAUGAGAUAUUGUCUCGCAUUGAAAAACAAUUAAAAAAUAGAUUUCCUAUUGGAGAUCAAGUCUCAGAACAAAACAUUGUUAAUGACUGUCUUAAACAAAAAUAUCCAGAACAUGCUAUUUACAAAGUUAUACACACAAUGAUUCGACGUGGAGAGCUUCAACAUCGGAUGCAACGAAAAAUGUUGUACAGGUUAUAUUAAAAUAUAAGAAAAGCUUUCAUUUUAUAAUUAUUUUUGUGCAUUUUGUUCAGUUCUCCAUACAAUUUAUUGUUUUAUUUUUUAUAUAUAAUUCUGUAUUUUUAAAUUAUGUAACAAGAGCAAAUCUCUUGCUCAUGGUGUCAAUUCAUUUUUAAAUGGAUAAAGUGGGUGCUUUUCAACCCUAAAAUAAAGAUCAGAUUGAAAAUAUAUGAAAAAAAUAUGUUGUGCAUAAAUUAUUUUAAAUAAUGAAAUAUUGAAAAAUUA